AGGAGGAGAGUCAGAGAGAGGCUGUGUUUGACGUACAAGUGUCUUUGUGAAGACUAACAGAUUGACCAUGUCGCUCUCCGCGGUGCUGCUGCUGCUGCUGCAUCUGACGGUCUGCAACUCGCAGAAUAUUAGUUUAUUCUUUAACAAAUUAGAUUUAGGCUUUGUUGGCGCAAUCAACUUCUAUACAAAAGAGAAGUAUGUAAAUGAUUCCUCCUCGCUGACCGUUCGCAUAAUGGGGAACAAUCAGAGCUGCAUUCCCGAUUUCUCAUUUGGUUGCCAGGAGAACAGCUGUGGGUAUGUGAGUGCUUUGGUACGCACGGUCGACCAAGAAGGCAACAAAGAGUGGUGUCAGAAUGAACUUAGGACUGUUCAGCCAUCUUCCAUUAAUAUGACUGGUUCACUCAGCAUCCCUGGUGUUGAUUGGGUUAGUGGCAUCAAAAAUAACAUUGGAUCAUGGUUCACUGAAGUAGCAUUCGACCUGAGGAACCGCUCUGACACCAACAAAGAAAACUCCUCACCCCAGUCUACCGUGAUCCCAUUUGUGAGAGUUCCUUCAAACUGUCGGAGAGAUUUCAGCCCGUUGAUGUUUGACCCUGAUGGUGAUCAGGUUAAAUGCAGAUACGGAAACUCCUCACUCUUUGAGUGUAGCGCCUGUGAGCCACCAUCUGUCCUCAGCCUCUCAUCAUCCAAUUGUACGCUGUCGUUCGGCCCCACUGCCGACAGUAAUCAGGGCCGUUAUGGAGUACAGCUGCUGAUGGAGGACUUUCCCAGGAAGAACAUCACCAUGACUUCAGCUGAUGGCAAUAAAACAAUAAAAACACCUAACGAUGCUCUCAGCAAAGUACCGAUCCAGUUUGUUCUGAUAGUGGAUCCCCAGGUCUCAUCCUGCACAGAGGGAGACUUUUUGCCCAAAUUCUUGCCUCCAACCCCAGCCAACAGAGCUCGGCUCUACACCCCUGUUAAUAACACUCUGGAAAUCAGCAUCAGUGCUGAGGCAAAAAACUCCACGAUCUCUGAGCUGCUGUUCAGCGGACCGUAUGAUGCAAUUCAGAAUAAAACUGGAACAGGAACGUUCACCCUGAAAUGGACGCCGUCUAAAUCACAAGACACUGACACCCUCCCCUUCUGCUUUGUUGUCCAGGCACUUUCCAAGGAAACCAAGUAUCACUCAGACCUUCGAUGUGUCAGCGUGACUGUUGGAAAUGGUGCUCCAGCCAGUGCUUCAGGUUUUGUCCUGGUCAUGGGAUCUUUCCUUUCAACUCUUAUUCUUGCCUUCCCUUCCAUAUGAAUAUGGAUAAAAUCAGAGAUUGAAGAUGUACCUGAAUCUGGAUUGAUGCAACGGUAGCGCCCUCUACUGUUACAACAUGAAUGUCAUCUGACUCUGCACAAACAACUUUUUUCAAGUUUCUUUAAGUUUUGUUCCAACCAAUGUAAUGUAAUCAAAUUCAAUAAUUACAGAAAAAAAUAUAAUGUUUAAUGCAAUGUUUAAUAUCUAAAUUCAUUUGAUUCUGUCAUUCUUUUCACGGAUUUUAUCUUUAUCUUGUACUUUUACUUAGUGUUUUAGAACUGUCUUUAUUUUAAUUUCUCUGUGGUUUUAUGGGCUUUACAAUCUUUUUUGUGUUUAUAUUUGGAGUACUACUGUACUCAACAUAAAUAAACAUAAUCAUCACCCAGUAAAUCAUCAUCAUAGUAAAAUUGAGAUUAUUUUUAAUACAACUGGUUUUGUGAGAGCUUUAUGAGGAAUUGCACAAUUACAAAUCUGGAAAUUUUGUGAAACUAAUAAAAAUAAGAAGACUUGAGCCACUGACACUGUUUGAUAUUUAUCUAGGAACAAGAGACAUCAAAAUAUUUUUAAGCUGUUAAUGAAGCUUAACAUAACAUCCAUAAUGGACUCAUGGAAUGUAUUUAUUUGCAGAGUCCUGUGCAAGUAUGACUGGUCUGAAGUGUCAUUGUUGCAAGCGCUGAUUGGAGUCUUUACUCAUUUGUCCUCAUUUGUUUCAGAUGAUUUACUGAAGUGAUGUAAAUUUUAUUUCUGAUA